CUUCCCCCAGCCUUGUUUUUUGAUUUACCAGCUACCUUUUAGCGAAUAUGCUAAGGUAGUUUUAGGGGAGUUUCUAUACUAUUUUACCCUAUUUGUUUUUGCAAAAGUAACUCAAUUUUUAAGGCACUUUUCAAUCUCUUUAGACUCGGCCCUGUUUAAGUUUGACCAAUGAAUGAGAGUGGAAGUCUUAGACUGCCAGGGCCUUGUUUUCAAUUAGCCUGGAGGAAUGAACUAAUUAUAAACUCUAGAUCUUGGUGACUUUAGCUUAAUAGGACUACUUUUAUAAUCUGUGCGACAGAGGACAGUUAAUCUAAAAUGUGUUAUUUAUCCAGCUGAGAAAGUACUUUGUGUACUUUGAAGCCUUAUAAUUUGAUAACUUGCUAACCAUUUGAAUUUGGGGAAGCUCCAGUUCUUGUUCGUGGAUAACAGUUGCAGUCAGUCUCAGGUGAUUGACAUGCUGUGAAUUUUGUUAACCUUGUACUUUUUUUUUUCUAGGAUUCAUUUUAAAUUUUGUUUUUUUCUCACAGAAUGUACUGUGAGGAAUGGCCAUUAAACCAAAAGCAAAUUAGUUGUAUGGUGUCUAAAAUUAGUUAUUAAUCGGCAAAGUCUUUCUGUGUUUGUGUUAAGAAAAUUUCCUGUUUUAUUAUACCCAAUUGUUUACAGUGACUAUCUGUGUUUGGGAAAAUGUUUUUUGAAGGAGGGGAAUUAAAAUGUUAAGUAUGAUUAAUGUAAUUUUAACUCAGCAGAUGAAAAUUACUUUAUAAAUGAUUGGCUGCAUUGAAAGUAUUUAAUUAAAAAUAUUAGUUGUUUGUUAUGUAAAAAUUAUCUGUGGCCCAUUCCUGGUGAAACUCAUUUAUUAUUCUCUGAAUUAGAGAUAGAAAGCCCUUCACUCGCAAAGAACUAGGAGCUCUAGGGAGGAAAUGGAUGAAGACUAGCAAGUCUUCAGAACUGCUCAGCUCAUAGUUUGCAUCAUACCAGCUUCCACCCACACUCAGUCGCCUCGGGGAUGGCAUCAAUGCUCCUCCUGAAAAUGUUUUCAUCUUAAGAUCUUCAUGUAUCAUAAUUACAUCCUCCUAACUCCCGGUCCCUGUCGUUCUUGAUAUCCUUGUCACAUUUUGUGUCCACCAAAACUCCCUUGCUAUCUCUUAGCAUAGCGUUCCCAUCCUUUUCUAAUCUCCAUGUCCCUUGCUCUAAUCCUGUGCUGCCGGUCCUGCUAGCCCUCCCACUCGCCCUGCAAGCCUCAGUCAACCUUUUGUAACUUCUUCCAUGGCCUUGCUCUUGUCCUAGUUUCACAGUGUUAUCUUCGUUUCAGCAUCCAGGCUUUCUGCUGCUAAGCGGGACCUGACACAGCUCUUCUGGGACCCUCAUCCCUUACACUGCCCACUUCCUCAACAGCUGCCUCAACCUCCUGCCUUUUAAUUCUUUGAAUAUAGCAAGGUCUUCACCUUUCUAAUCUCUGCUGCUUCUUUCACAUCCAGCAAUCAUUUUCUUACUUUUUGUCUGACUAUCUCUAAUCAAUCUGGCUGGAGCUUUCUUACUUUAUUCUUUGUCAGUACCUCCUGGUUGUUAUCUUCUCAGCAUUUAUUUAAAUUUACAGCUAUUGUAUAUUCACUUGCUCACUGAGACUUGGCUUUGAUUAUAAGAUAUCACACACACACACACACACACACACACACACACACACACCUAUUUCUGAAAUUAAGGUAUAAGAUACAUCUUACACAUAUAUACAAGAUAUAAUUUAUUAUAAGUCAUUUCAUAAUUCCAAAAUGAAAUGACUUAUCUUAUAAUAAAUUAUAUUAUGUAUUUAUAAAUUAUACCACGUAUCUAAUAAAAUGUUAUGCUUUUUGAGACAAGCUCUCUGUAGCUCAGGAUAACUCAAUAGGUAUCCCAGGCUGGUCUGGAAUUCACUAGGUAGCAGAGGUCGGCCUCGAACUCUGCGUGAUCCUUCAGCUUCAGUUUUCUGAGACUGGCAUGUACCAGCAAGACACCAUAUUUGCAAUGAUCUAUUUUCCCCAGUUGAUUGUACGUUCCACAAGUAUAUUCUCUUUUACUCACAGUAAGAGCUCAUGCCUAUUAUAGUACAUUUCACCUUGUAGACACUGAAUAAAUAAUGGAUGAAUGAAUAUCAUUGUCUCUCUUUGGGAAAUGUUGGCCCAACUUCUGAAGCUGCAUCAAUCAGUGUAUGAGUAUGAAUUGUUAAUAUGCCAAAGAGUUGACUCAUUAUUUUUGGAGAUUGUCUUCUACUUAAAUGAAGAAGACCUUUAAAUUUAUCUGUUUUCCCAUUUAUGUAACUUGUUCCAUUAUAGAUACACAUAUGUUCUGGUGCAGGAACACUUGCCAUUUAUAAAAAAUGAAUUCCCGUAAGCUGGCUUUUACCUGGUGUCAGCAAUAGUCUUUUAUUAGGAGAAGGCACGAGGAAGGCACCACACAGCAGUGGCAGGCUUUUAACCUUCAGGCAGGCGUGACUUUUGAACUCACUUUUUCAUUUACUUCGUCCUCCAAGGCGUGCAAUCACUUGGGGUGCCCACUCCCCUUUAAAGUGCAAGAGCAACAAAAGGGCGGCAUGAGUAAGUGGAGUGCCUUAGACCAGCUCCUGGAAGAGUCUCAACCCUACUCCAGAGCUGGAGGAAAGAUAUGGGUGCAGAUCCUUUUCGUUUUCCGGAUUCUGCUCCUGGAGACUGCCAUCGAGUCAGCCUGGAAUGACGACCAGCUCAAUUUCCACUGCAACACUCAGCAGCCUGGUUGUGAAAAUGUCUGCUAUGACCAAGCUUUCCCGAUCUCUCACGUGCACCUCUGGGUCCUGCAGAUCAUAUUCGUGUCUGUGCCUACACUCGUAUACCUGGCACAUGUGUUCUAUGCCAUUCGGCAGAAAAAGAAGUCGACGAAGCAAGAGAAGGAACCUGGAGUUGCUCGCUUUGAUGGUGCCAAUGUGGAAAUGCGCUGGCAGAAAAUUGAAGUAAAGAAGUCCAAGUAUGGCAGUGAAGCCCAUAGUAAGGUGAAAAUUAGAGGCAGGUUGCUGCUGACCUACAUACUCAGUAUCUUCUUCAAGUCUGUCUUUGAGGUGACCUUUGUGCUGAUCCAGUGGUACAUUUAUGGAUUUACCCUGAAGGCAGUUUACAUUUGCGAACACUCUCCUUGCCUGCAUCAGGUGGACUGCUUCCCCUCUCGCCCCACAGAAAAAAGCAUCUUCAUCGUCUUCAUGCUGGUGGUGUCUCUGGUGUCUUUAGUCUUGAAUAUAAUUGAGCUGGUCCAAGUCUUCUGUAACACCAUUAAGAAUUGUGUGAGAGAGGAGGAUGAGUUUUACUAUGGUACAGCUGAUCUGCAGAGCCUUUCCCAGGAGUCCUCACCAAGUGUUCUCACUGCCAUGGUUCCUAAGGAAAAGGCGGUUCCUGUGAAACAAGCUUCAGUCUAUGUUUAAAGUGAGCAAAACUACAUCAGUUACAGAGCAUAACAGAGUCAAAGCGGGGAAGGGCAGGCAGGAAGUAGCCUUUCUGCCCUGCACUCAGCCUUGUCUUCACUCUGAUGAUGAGCAGAAUUUUCAGAGGGUUUGGGUGGAGAGAAAAGCAAAACAAAGAUACUGAACACUAGUGUUGUAGAGUAGCAGAUAUGACAAUAGCAGCCUGAUAUCCUAGAUAUUGCAAUUUGGGCUUGAAAACAUUGUGAUUUUGCUUGGUUGCUAAAGGGAAUCAAAGUGUAGUAGAAAGUGCUUCAGUACAGCUGGUGUUCAAUGGCCUCAAUUGUAAAAGCUAGCAAAUACAAAGACAUUAGACCACAGGGUCUGGGAUUGAAAGUGGAAGAGACUUGUAACCAAGACAUGUGUUACUGUUUAAAGUGCUCGACUCUGGAGGCGUAGGCAUCUAGCUCACUGGUAGAUGGUUUGUUUAGUAUGUGUAAGACCUCAAGUAGCACAAGAAUGAAAAGAUAGUAACUUAAACAAAUGAACUAAAUAAAUAAAAUGAUUGACUCAAAGAACUUCUAGUCCAAAUAUAACUUGUAUUAGGCAGUGCAUAAGGGCCAUUCCUCUUCCAUAUUACCUUAGAAUGGUUUUGUAUAUGGGGAAGAGUGAUUUAUUAUUUAUCCAUAGAAGCAGAUAUGGUGUAAAUGCACAAACCUACAUUUUAAAAUAAUACAAACAUACCAUUGAAAGUUGAGCCUUUCUCUUGGAUUUUAGUAUUUGAGUCCAUACUGUGUUUAUACUGUUUAGUUCCUGAUGUAAAAGUAAAUUAUCUUUUCCCUUAAAAUGCAUCCCCCAAUUUAUUGAAUGAUGUAUAAUAGUUCUGUUAAUUAUAAUGAGUUGUCUUUUUCUCUUGUAUAUUAUAGCAGCAAUCCUAUUGCUGGCAGAAACUAUUUUUCUUUUCCAAGAUAGAGCUCCAAAUGAAACAAUUGUACUGAAAACAGCACUUGUGAACACUACAAACUUAAAGAAAUGCUUAGAGGUGAACUAUGAAAUGUACCUACAUGAAUUUGGCAAUAGUGGACAUUCUUGACUUUCUUGUACAUAAUGCACAUUAAUUCAGAUGUUACCUUCUGCUGUGAGUUUGGCAGUCUCUUGGGAUGACUGGCAUUUUUCAUGUUCAUAUUAAGAUUUUAUUUGGAAAGUAGGAGAGGGUGAGGAAGGUUUGUGAAAUACCUAUGUAACUGAUUUGAAACAAAUAAAAGAAAUAAUACCCAUGUCUUCUAAUGCCUUUUGAAACAUUCCACAGAUGAUUGAAGAAUGUUGAGCUGCAGACUUUUCUUCUUGCAUGUCAGCUCCACACACAAUUUUAUUCAAGAAAUAAUAAUUUGGUUACCAUUUGAUGGUAAUCUACUAUCAUGUUCAGCUUUGUUUCAUGCAAUGCAGGCCUAUCAUACCUUAUUCUAGAGAAUUCUUUAUUCAAUAAAGUUGUGAGAGAGAGAGUGGUCCAUGUGCAUUCCUCCUCUGAUAGCUUCUUACUGGUCUUUUGAACUCUUCAUCUUAAUUUAAGCAAACUAAGCUGGGUGUUGUGGCUCAUGGAGGCCACACAAUUGCAGAGUGUUCUAGGCUAGCUUGGGCUACAGUGUGAGACAAUCCCCUACUUCCUGCCCAUGAAGCAAAAGACACUGUAUUCACAGUUUUUAAGAUUCAGGUGGAGUGACUCUGUGACAUGAUUCUAGGAUCAGCCUCCUUCAUUUCAUGUAAUAGAAUCAUGGCUAUAUUUAUGACUUCCAGAUAUGCAAAAAGAAUGUAGUUGGGAUUUUUCCUUCCCUUUUAAGGAAUGUACUCUCAUCAUCAAGCAUCUUCCCCUCCCAGGGAACUGGGGGAAAUGGAGAACACAGGACUAGAUCAUCAAACCUGUAGCUUAUAACGUCUGGUUCUGACAGUUGACACAGUCUUAUUUGGAAAACUUAUUCUCUUAGUUAAAUGAUGAGUUUGAGUUCUUCUUUUUAGAAGUGGUUUGUGAAGAUUAAGCAGUUAUUUAGUAAUGGGGUGCUUGUGCCUUUUGGACACUGCAAAAGUGCCCAUGGAAUCAGUUUGGGCACUGCUGCUGUCACUCCUGUUCCUGUUUCAUUUUCACAUGUAGCUUGCUUGUGUUCUUUACACUUUUUACCAUGAGGUAAUUGCAGAUUCAAACGUAAUUGUAAGAAAUAACAGACUCUGUAUAUCAAUAUAUUCAAUAGUAACUUUUUUGGAGACAGGCUCUUUCUAUGUAGCCUUGUUUGGUUCAGAAUUUGCCUUUAAGGAACUCCCUAUGUAGAUAAAGACUGGCCUUGAAUUUACAGAGAUCCAUCUGACUUUGCCUCCAUAGUAUUGGGAUUAAAAUUGUGUACCUCAACAUCUGGCCAAAUGAGUGUUUUUUAAGAAAGUCAUAGAACCUGGUAUCAUGUAUCCCAGUCUGGUCUUGAAGCUGUGGUGCUUUACUAUGAAGCUGAAGAUGACCUUGAACUUCUUCUGAUCCUCUUGCCGUCACCUUAGUGCUGGCAUUAUAAGUGUGUGUCACUAUGCCUGGUUUAUACAGUGCUGCAGAUUGGGCCCAUGACUUUGUGCAUGCCAAGCAAGCACUCUUCCAUGGAGCUACACCCCCAACUUUUACUGUAUUUUUUGUUUGUGU